AUGCCUCAUCGCAACUGCUCUGUCGAGAUUAACAACAACUCUGGCAGCUACACUCUGGCCAACCCAAGGGUGUUCACUGAGAGCGGCUGCUGUGAGGUCCCUCUGCCACCCAUGGUGGGGCCCUGCUCCUUCGCCAGCGGGCUGUUCAACAAGACCACCGGCGCUGCGACCGGAGCCGUUGGCGUCUUCACCUACGACCUUUUCAACGCCGACCUGAACGACUACAGUCACGUCAUGGCCAUCAUGUACUCCGUGCCCUACGACCGAAACCUCUACUCCAACUGGUUCGCUGUGGGGAUCUUCGACAGAGGAAACGACUGCGACUAUAACCUGUACGACAUCAUGUACAACGGAAGUGAAAACAACUUUGUGAGAGCGAAAGCUGACGGCUCCUGCAUUUCUUUUGAGGGCGAUUACGUCAUCAUCAGCGCCUCCAUGUCAGACUCCGGCGAAGCGGUCCUGAGGGUGGAUAUCAGUGAUACUGGCAUGUAUUGA